CCUCCUUGUACUUGUAGGGUCCAUGAGGCCUCCUGUACGCAAGUAGAAACCUCUAUGGAUAUCUAUGUAAUUCCCGUCCCCGGCUACAGAUCCAUAACACCAUGCUGAAGGGAGUCGUUGGUUUGGUCACAGGGGGCGCCUCUGGGCUGGGCCGAGCGACGGUUGAGCACUUUCUCAAGCAAGGAGGUCGCGUGGUGAUGUGCGACCUUCCGAGUUCACAGGGGUCAAAGAUCGUGGAGGAGUUGGGCAGCGAGGAUCUGGUGUUCGCCCCAACGGAUGUCACCUCCCCCAGCGAUGUCGAGGCGGCGCUGAUGGUGUGCCGCGGGAAGUUCGGCCGCCUGGAUGUGACUGUGAACUGUGCCGGCAUUGGGGUCGCGAACAAGAUCUUCAGCCACAACAAGGGCACCAUCCACUCCUUCGAGGACUUCAUGCGAGUUCAGACGGUCAACCUUGGCGGAACCUUCAAUGUGACCCGACUGGCCGUUGCGUUCAUGGCGGAGAAUGAACCCAAUGAGGAUGGACAGCGCGGGGUGGUUGUAAACACGGCCAGCAUCGCGGCGUUCGACGGACAGAUAGGCCAGGCAGCGUACGCGGCUAGCAAGGGGGGCAUUGUUGGACUCACCCUGCCGGUAGCGAGAGACUUGGCGGUGGUUGGGAUUCGUGUGUGUACGAUCGCGCCUGGCCUUUUCCGCACCCCACUCCUGGAAGCACUACCGGAGAAGGUCCAGACAUUCCUCGCUAAGACCGUGCCAUUCCCCCCCCGCCUCGGCCACCCCUCGGAGUACGCCCGGAUGGUGGAGGCGAUCGUGACCAACCCGAUGAUGAAUGGGGAGGUGGUCAGGCUGGAUGGUGCCCUCAGGAUGCAGGCUUGAGAAGAAUGCAUAGAAGAGGAAUGAAGAAGAGGAAGAAGAAGAAAUGAAGAGGAGGAGGAAGAAGAAAAUGAAGAAGAAGAGGAAGAAGAUAUAGAAAAUAGUCUAACUUUUGUACAGUGUAAAAAAUAACUUUGUAUGAACUGAAGGAAAUAUUAAUAAUAAUAAUAAUAAUAAUAAUAAUAAU